GCGCUGGGUAACAACUAGCAUGUGAAUAUAGUAGGAAAUGGCAGCUUUUCCACAAGUGGGAUCCUUGAUGGAUCCUGAUUGGCUUCAGUCCCCACAAGGCAAAGAAUACCUGAGCUGUAUCCUGCGCAAGAGAAAAAGGAAGUACUUUGGUCUCCUUGAGCGCCCAGUACUCUCCCCACAGUUUCCGACUGAUAUUGCCAGAUACAAAAUUUUUGUUUCUGGGAAAAGCGGUGUUGGGAAAACCUCAUUAAUUGCUAAGUUGGCGGGGCUGGAAGUUCCCAGCAUACAUCAUGAGACUACAGGCAUCCAGACCACCUGUGUUUACUGGCCAGCAUGUCUCCGGGAUAGUGAGCGCCCCGUCAUAUUUUGCUUCCAGUUCUGGGACUGUGGAGAAGCCGCAAUCAGAAAGUUUGAUCACAUUAUGCCUGCUUGUAAAGAGAAGGCUGAUGCCGUGCUUUUCCUCUUUUCCUUCACCGACCGAUCAUCAUUUGAGGAUGUGCCAGCUCUUAUGUCUAGGACCCUCAGUGACGAUGAAGCUAUGGCACGAGUGGUCAUUGGCACCAAACUUGACCAGUACAUGCACACCGAUGUGACAGAACAGGACCUGUGGGACUUCCAGCAAACAUGGCAUCUUCCAGUGAUGCGAGUCAGAAGUGUAAAUAGUCCCCAGCUGUCUGAUGGACGCGGCUUAGAUGGGAGAGUUGGAAUAGCAGAUGCAUCACCUGUACUGAAUGAGUUGGCGGAACUGCUCUGGCAUCGAGAUCAGGUUUCUGCAGGACUUACUAGUGAGUGACUUUAUGAUUGGCCACUAGUGCUCACUAAACAAGCAACAUCUACAUCUGACUAGUGAGUGACUUCAUGAUUUGUCCUGGUUCUCACUGAGCAAAGAACUUCUACAUCUGACUAGUGAGUGACUUCAUUAUUUGCCACCAGUGCUCACUGAACAAGGAACAUCUACAUCUGACUAGUGAGUGACUCUAUGAUUUGUCCUGGUGCUCACUGAACAAGGAACAUCUACAUCUGACUAGUUAGUGACUCUAUGAUUUGUCCUGGUGCUCACUGAACAAGGAACAUCUACAUCUGACUAGUGAGUAACUCUAUGAUUUGUCCUGGUGCUCACUGAACAAGGAACAUCUACAUCUGACUAGUGAGUAACUCUAUGAUUUGUCCUGGUGCUCACUGAACAAGGAACAUCUACAUCUGACUAGUGAGUAACUCUAUGAUUUGUCCUGGUGCUCACUAAACAAGCAACAUCUACAUCUGACUAGUGAGUGACUUCAUGAUUUGUCCUGGUUCUCACUGAGCAAAGAACUUCUACAUCUGACUAGUGAGUGACUUCAUUAUUUGCCACCAGUGCUCACUGAACAAGGAACAUCUACAUCUGACUAGUGAGUGACUCUAUGAUUUGUCCUGGUGCUCACUGAACAAGGAACAUCUACAUCUGACUAGUGAGUAACUCUAUGAUUUGUCCUGGUGCUCACUGAACAAGGAACAUCUUUAUCUGACUAGUGAGUAACUCUAUGAUUUGUCCUGGUGCUCACUGAACAAGGAACAUCUACAUCUGACUAGUGAGUGUCUUCAUGAUUUGCCACUAGUACUCACUGAACAAGGAACAGCU